GAAGAUGAUGAGCGCGUCAUGGCUGAAAUUCGAAAGAGACGUGAAAGAGAAGAUGAAGAGCGAGCAAAAUUCAGAGAAAUCAGAGAAAAGGAGCUAGAAGUAGAAAUUCUCACCGGAUUCGUAGUCGUAGUAGAAGUAGAAGCGUCGAAAAUAAACAUCGACGAUCCCAUAGGCGAAGCAGAAGUAGAAGCGCCGAGAGUAGACAUCAACGACGAUCGCAUAGAAGAAGUAGAAGUAAAAGUAGAGAUCGUAUUACCAGGGAACGUAGUGGGGAACGCCGAAAGUAUAAGAACCAUCGGCGCGGUAGCAGAAGUCGAAGCAAAGAGAAACGAAGAUAUGAUGAAAGGAGACCACGUCGUAGCAGAAGAAGAAAUUGUUACGAAGGUAUCUUCCGAACAGUAUAGCUCUACUCCUUCUCCAGGAAGAAAUUAUCAUGAUCAACACACGGACAAUGUUGCAACCGAAGAUGAAAAUAGGAAAAGAUUGGUUGAUUCAGUAGAAGAAAUUGAUUCAAUUCAAAAUUCACCCCCUAGAAAAAAGGUAGCAGAUGCACCUAUUUUCAAGUCAAAAUGGAACGAUGAUGAAGAUGAGGAGGAAAAUAAAAAG